AUGUCCGCAAGCCCACCCCGAGUCGUGGUUAUCGGCGCGGGGUCGCGGGGUCACACCUAUAGCCGCUGUAUCGGCGAAUCUAGCAACGGCGUCGUAGUCGCCAUCUGCGAGCCAGAUAAGUACAAGCGCGAGGAGUUCGUGCGGAACUACAUCCAGCGCGACGGCAAGAAGCUACCCGAGGGCUCUAGCUUCAACGACUGGCGCGAUUUCGUCGAGUGGGAGGUGCGCCGUCGUGAGCGCGAAGCUGCUGGAGAUAAGGAUGUGCCCGAGGGCGUCGAUGCUGCCUUCGUGUGUGUUCGCGAUGAGAUGCAUCACGACGUGGUUGUCGCUCUCGCCCCGUUAGACCUGCACAUUAUGUGUGAGAAACCGCUCGCUGGAAACCUAGCUGAGUGCAUCGCCAUGUAUCAGGCCCUAGCCCCUUUGCAGUCCCGCAAAGUCUUCUCCGUCGGUCACGUACUACGGUACUCGCCGCACAAUAUACAACUCCGCAAGCUGCUGCUUGAGGAUCGCGCCGUCGGCGACGUCUUAAGUAUCGUACAUACCGAGCCCGUUGGAUACUGGCAUUUCGCACACUCGUAUGUCCGUGGCAACUGGCGCAAAGAGUCUACCACGGCGCCAUCUCUACUAGCCAAGAGUUGCCAUGAUAUGGACAUUUUACUGUGGCUGAUGUGUUCACCGACACGUCCCGGAUCUGAUGAGCCCCCGCAUAUCCCCUCUGAAGUCACAUCUAUGGGCUCAUUGCAAUUCUUCCGAAAAAGCCGGAAGCCCAAGGCCGCGGGCGCCGCAACAAACUGUCUCAGCUGCCCCGUCGAGUCGGAGUGCAUAUACUCGAGCAAGCGGAUAUACGAAAGCCCGCGACACUUCGGUCUGGAGACAGGUAACAGGUCCUGGCCCAUCAGCAUCGUUCUCCCAGAUAUCGAAAGCUUCGGCGGCGACAUCGAGCGCGCACGACCAGCGCUACUCAGCCGUCUAGCCGAAGACUACGACGAGUCGACGCCGCAAGAAGAAAUCGACGCGAAGAACUGGUUCGGGCGGUGCGUAUUCGAGUCCGACAACGAUGUCUGCGACGAGCAAGUCGUCAACAUAAAAUGGGACGACGACCCCCUCCCCUCCACCACUUCCUCCUCUUCCUCCCCCGGGGACUCCGUCGGCAACCGAGGCGCCAAGCAAGCAACCUUCCACAUGAUCGCGCAGACAAAAAAGCAAUGCGAGCGCUUCACCAACAUAUACGGGACCACGGGCGAGAUCUACGCGGACUCGUACAAGAUCACCGUCGAGGACUACACGACCGGCGCGACGCAGACGUACACCCCGAAGCUCGAGAGCGGGGGCCACGGCGGUGGCGACCACGGCAUUACGCGCCAGUUCGUCCUGGCCGUCGACCGCGUCAAGAACCACGGCUGGGAAGCUGCGCGUGCCCAGAGCGAGUUCAUCGGGUGUAGCUUGGAAGAGAUCAUCCGCAGCCAUGCUAUAGUGUUCGCUGCUGAGGAUUCGCGGAGGGGGCGCAAGUUUGUUGAUUUUAAGGAUUGGUGCGCUGAGAAGGAUAUUGCUGCCAUAGCGGCGUCUUAG